AUGCAGCUGGCUCGCACAUCUCUGCUGCGCAUCAUCAGAACAUCUGCCCAGCCUCUCUUCACGUCAUCUCGGUUGAUCAGCUCAACCUCGCGCACCAUGUCAACACCACCGCUGCAGGCGCAAAAGUGUGAGCCGUGCACGGCCUCGCUUCCAGCCAUGUCGGCAGACGAGGCGAAGCAACUGCUCUCUUCACUGUCUGGCAAGUGGUCGCUGUCGCCGCAGCCCAAGACGCUGCUCUCAUCCAAGCUGAUACAUCCGGAUGCGCUGCAUCGCACGUACAAGUUCAAGGAUUACACAUCGGCGCAAGCCUUUGCCAACCAGAUCGGCGCGCUCGCCGAAGCUGAAGGACACCAUCCUGCCGUCAUGGUCGAAUGGGGCAGAGUCACCGUGUGGUGGUGGAGCCACGCUAUCAGCGGACUGCACAAGAACGAUUUCGUCAUGGCGGCCAAGACCGAGGAGCUUGUUCACAAGGCAGAGGGCUAUACGCCACCCAAACCCAAGGCGUAG